GGAUAGAAGCUAUCAAUCCAUCGCUCACACCUCCCCACCAGCGCCCCUCGAUACACGCCGCCCCAAGCUUGAAGUUCAUCUCACGGCGGGGUUGAAGCCGGCCGAACAUUGAAGAUGCCGCCGAGGUCGUCCUUGACAUCGUCCUUUUCGAUCACCGAUGCGAACAAUGAGGUCGUCUGCCCGCUGCGCAACCAGGAUGGCUCCAGCUGCCGCAAGCGCUGCAUUGGGGAGAAACGCUACCGCUCCAUGCAGGAGCACAUCCGUCGCGCACACCCCGAGCACUAUAUUGCCAAGCUGCCCGCAACCGAGGAGAGCUUCUUGCUCAUGAUCAACACCUCACCGAGCGAGCGACAGCAAGCACAGCCUAGCUCGGGUCCGCCCCAUGCGCACCCGACCAAGGGACCUUCGCACGACUUCCGGCGAGAUGAUUCCAACGGCCCCGGGACUCCACGGAGGUUUGAUGAAUAUGCUGGGGGCACCAUGUACCCAGCCGCUGCUGCGCUCGCUCAGCUGCACAACCAUAAAAGCGACCUUGGGUGGGAUUCAGACGGGCAGGACUGGCACUCAGACACAGAGGGGGUCAGGAUCUCUAGGUCGUCCGUUGAACUCCCGCCAAUACACUUAUCGCCGCCCGACGUGACAAGUGCGCCGCUUCCCAGUCUCGAAUCUGCGAGACAACGCGAUCUGCUCCCUUCCAUCAUGGCCAAUUCGCCUCCCGGCCGGUCCUCUACGCUCCCGCCGCUCCACAGGCCUCUCGGGCCCAAUCGGCCGCGGAAACAGUCGAUUUCCAAAAGGUUUCACCAUAGAAGGAAAUCAAAAGGCCCAGGGUCGGACUGGCUCCGUCGAAUACAGAACGACGGCAACGCUGACUUGCUGCGGCCUGGCGGCCACGAUCGGAAGGCCCUCUCGGCCGAGCCGUCGGGGGAUUUUGGUAAGCGCUGGGAGGAUCUGAUCGAUGCGGCAGCGUCGGCAACGGAAGACAUAGAUGAGGACAGAACUCCUGUGAGUCUCAGGUUCCCUUCGAUGCUCGACCCGCGCCUGACGAGCCAGAUGCCGCAAUCGCCGGUAUCCAUCCAGAGGUCGUCCCUGCCGCCCUUCACGCAGGGCGCCUUUGCAAACUACCAAGCCUCCCCCCUCCAGCGAGCUCUCACGCCUCCGUCUUACAACCCUGAAGCCCCUGAACCGUUUCCGUCGGUCGAGAGCGGCGAAAGCGGAGAUAAUUUCCACAUGGGAUCGCGGGGCUUGUCGAACUCGUCGCCAAGCUAUUCGUCCCAGAACACACAGAUCUACUGCGCUGCUUGUCAGGGCGUUUCAUUGCUGAGGGAGUCGUAUGCAUGUACCGAGUGCAUUUGCGGUCUCUGUCAGGCCUGUGUUGAUGUUCUGAUGGGCGAGCAAGGCGCGCGCAGGAAAUGCCCCCGAUGCGCUACCAUAGGCGGGCGUUUCAAGCCGUUCCAGCUGGACAUUCGGUAGUUGCGCCGAUAUUUCCGUGUUUCUUGGGGUUGGCACCCUCUUUUUCCUGCCAAAUUUUCCUCCUUUCCCUAUCGCUUUCUAUAUUUUUCAUCUGUUACAGCACACAUUCGGAGUCAUAGGUUGGCGGUAUAUCUCGGCUUGUUGCAUCGCCAACAGCAAUCCUCGAAGGGGCUACAACGGAGUUCUACCAUCACGGCAUUGGAAUCAGUGCAUUUAUUCGGCUUGGGAGCAGGGGCAUCAGGAUCAGCAACCCCCAUCUUACGACACUAUAACGGAUACCUGACACCGGCACAAACAAGGAAGGAACGGCAGCGUGCUGCAUACACGCGAUCGUGCAGCACGACUCAACCACGACACGGUGCUGUUGGCAAACGAUUUUUCACACUGGCGGCUUCGGCGUAUUGGCGCGGGGUCCUGUGGUCUCAGGUCACAAGGGAAGAUCGAAAUCAUUACUGAAAUUGCUUGGGGCUGGCUUGUCA